AUGGCUGAAGGAGGUGUGGAUUUGCAAGGCUACCAGCUGGAUAUGCAAAUACUACCUGACGGCCCAAAGAGUGAUGUGGACUUUUCAGAGAUUCUUAAUGCAAUACAAGAAAUGGCCAAGGAUGUCAAUAUUCUUUUUGAUGAAUUAGAAGCUGUCAACAGCCCUUGCAAAGAUGAUGAUUCUCUGCUUCACCCUGGAAACCUGACCAGUACUUCAGAUGAUGCUAGCAGAUUGGAAGCAGGAGGAGAGACAGUGCCAGAAAAAAACAAAUCAAAUGGACUUUACUUCAGAGAUGGAAAGUGUCGAAUUGACUAUAUUCUUGUGUACAGAAAAUCCAACCCACAGACCGAAAAGAGAGAAGUAUUUGAAAGAAAUAUUAGAGCAGAAGGAUUACAAAUGGAGAAAGAGUCCUCUCUAAUAAAUAGUGACAUUAUCUUUGUGAAGUUGCAUGCCCCGUGGGAAGUGCUUGGAAGAUAUGCAGAACAAAUGAAUGUAAGAAUGCCUUUCAGGAGAAAAAUCUAUUCCCUGCCCCGCCGAUACAAGUUCAUGAGCAGGAUCGAUAAACAAAUAAGCAGGUUUCGGAGAUGGUUACCUAAGAAGCCCAUGAGGCUGGACAAGGAGACACUGCCAGACCUGGAGGAGAAUGACUGCUACACUGCCCCUUUCAGCCAGCAAAGGAUCCACCACUUCAUCAUACACAACAAAGACACUUUCUUCAACAAUGCCACAAGAAGUAGAAUCGUACAUCAUAUUUUACAAAGAAUAAAGUAUGAAGAAGGAAAAAACAAAAUUGGUCUGAAUCGUUUGCUUACCAAUGGCUCCUAUGAAGCUGCAUUUCCUCUGCAUGAGGGAAGUUACAGAAGUAAAAACUCCAUUAGAACCCACGGAGCGGAAAACCACCGACAUCUGCUCUAUGAGUGCUGGGCCUCCUGGGGCGUGUGGUAUAAAUACCAGCCUUUGGACCUUGUAAGGCGGUACUUUGGAGAGAAGAUUGGGUUGUAUUUUGCCUGGUUGGGCUGGUAUACCGGCAUGCUCUUCCCAGCUGCCUUCAUUGGAUUGUUUGUCUUUUUGUAUGGAGUCAUUACUCUGGAUCACUGCCAAGUCAGUAAAGAAGUCUGCCAAGCUACAGAUAUCAUCAUGUGUCCUGUGUGCGAUAAAUAUUGUCCAUUCAUGAGGCUGUCAGAUAGCUGCGUUUAUGCCAAGGUAACCCACCUCUUUGAUAAUGGAGCCACUGUCUUCUUUGCUGUCUUCAUGGCAGUCUGGGCGACAGUUUUCCUGGAGUUCUGGAAAAGAAGGCGAGCCGUAAUUGCCUAUGACUGGGAUCUGAUAGACUGGGAAGAAGAGGAGGAAGAAAUACGGCCCCAGUUUGAAGCCAAGUACUCCAAGAAAGAGCGAAUGAAUCCCAUUUCGGGAAAGCCAGAACCAUAUCAAGCAUUUGCAGAUAAAUGCAGCCGACUUAUCGUUUCUGCAUCUGGGAUAUUUUUUAUGAUCUGUGUGGUGAUCGCUGCCGUGUUCGGGAUCGUCAUUUACCGAGUGGUGACUGUCAGCACUUUUGCUGCCUUUAAGUGGGCAUUAAUCAGGAAUAACUCUCAGGUUGCAACCACAGGGACUGCCGUGUGCAUCAACUUCUGCAUCAUUAUGCUGCUGAAUGUGCUUUAUGAAAAAGUUGCGCUUCUUCUGACAAAUUUAGAACAGCCUCGCACAGAGUCUGAGUGGGAGAACAGCUUCACCCUGAAAAUGUUUCUUUUUCAGUUUGUCAAUCUGAACAGCUCCACAUUUUACAUCGCGUUCUUCCUUGGAAGAUUUACAGGACACCCAGGUGCCUACUUGAGGCUGAUAAACAGAUGGAGACUAGAAGAGUGCCACCCUAGUGGAUGCCUUAUUGAUCUCUGUAUGCAAAUGGGUAUUAUAAUGGUGCUAAAGCAGACCUGGAAUAAUUUCAUGGAACUUGGCUACCCGUUAAUUCAGAAUUGGUGGACCAGAAGGAAAGUACGACAAGAACGUGGGCCUGAAAGAAAAAUAAGUUUCCCACAGUGGGAAAAGGACUACAAUCUUCAGCCCAUGAAUGCCUAUGGACUCUUCGAUGAAUACUUAGAAAUGAUUCUUCAGUUUGGAUUCACAACUAUCUUUGUGGCAGCUUUUCCCCUAGCACCACUUCUGGCCUUACUGAAUAACAUAAUUGAAAUUCGACUUGAUGCGUACAAAUUUGUCACACAGUGGAGGCGACCUUUAGCUUCAAGGGCCAAAGACAUAGGAAUUUGGUAUGGCAUCCUUGAAGGCAUUGGAAUUCUCUCGGUUAUUACAAAUGCAUUUGUCAUAGCGAUAACAUCUGACUUUAUCCCUCGCUUGGUGUAUGCCUAUAAGUAUGGACCUUGUGCAGGCCAAGGAGAAGCUGGACAAAAGUGCAUGGUUGGCUAUGUAAAUGCCAGCUUAUCUGUGUUUCAAAUUUCUGACUUUGAGAACCGAUCUGAGCCUGAGUCUGAUGGCAGUGAGUUCUCGGGGACUCCUCUCAAGUACUGCAGAUACCGAGACUACCGUGACCCUCCUCAUUCACUGGUGCCCUAUGGCUACACACUGCAGUUUUGGCACGUCCUAGCAGCUCGAUUGGCUUUUAUCAUUGUGUUUGAGCAUCUCGUGUUUUGUAUAAAGCACCUCAUUUCAUAUCUGAUCCCAGACCUCCCAAAAGAUCUAAGGGAUCGAAUGAGAAGAGAGAAGUACUUGAUUCAGGAGAUGAUGUAUGAAGCAGAACUGGAGCGUCUCCAGAAGGAACGAAAGGAGAGGAAGAAAAAUGGAAAAGCACACCACAAUGAGUGGCCAUGACCAGGUAAUAGUUCAUUUCCAAGCCAAGGACCUGAAUUCUAUUUCCUUCUCCCAGCUGUGCAAAAGCACAUUCAAGUGAAUGACUAAAACGCAACCGCAGUGCAUGUCGCAGACAUUGGCAGCAUCGGGGGGGUCAGCACCCUUAAAGGACUA